AUGGGAAUGCCCCAAGCCCUGCAGACUCUCGAGGCAGUCACCUUGGUCUGCCUGGAGAAUAUCCAACAGACGAGUUCUGUUGUCAGGGAGGAUACACCCGACCCCAAUAGCAUGUUGCAGAUUGCUAGGUCGGUGAUGCAACUGAGCGACUAUGAUGCCCUGACUCCCCAUCACUGUGUUGCAAUGCGAGCCGGGUACCCGGCCCAUCACUUCCUUGCAUAUGUUUUCCACCCGGACAUUACGGAACCCCUAAGUGAUGUGGUCACAGUGCUGGCCAAACCAGGAGAUGUCCUGAGAUUCUGCCCGUCAGGCACAACGCCACUAUUCCGAAAUACGUUUGAUGAGCUGCUUAACAAUCCCCUUCUUUGGGACGCAUCCCCGGCGUACAUCCCGCGGGAAUCCGUCUCUUCCAGAUGGUAUGCCAUGCGGAGCCAUGUGACCCGCACUCCGCAGUACGCUGGGGCCAGCAGGCAGGAAAUCCAAAACAUAGCGGCAGAUGCCUUUGAUUCCGAGGCAGAAGAUCUCGUGUUCACCUAUCCCCUCCCCAAUAGUGUUCUUGCUGCAACAGAGAAAUCUGCGUCGGGAGGUCGCCAUGGCAUGCUGGCCUUUGUCGAUGCGCGCCCACUUGGCGUCUCUCCCUCAUUCUUGCAGUUGGCUGAUUCCUCCAUCAUGGUUGAGCAGCUUGUUCGGUUCAUCGAUUUCAAACCGCCCAUUGGCUUCAAUGUUUAUGCCCAGGGCAUGUAUGGUCAGGAUCGAGAGGUGCAGAUUUUUGACCAAUGCACCAUUGUCCUCUCACUGGUGCCAAGUGACGCUGUCCCGCUCCCUCACCGUAGCCUUUCAGCGCCACCAAGCUACCAUGGCCCACCACAGGCUGUACCUGUUAGUGGUCAGACGAGACACGAGACAGGAGAACAUGGACCCACGGUCUUCGCCAGGGAAGAUGUAGCGCAGCAGGAUCCCAUUGCACUACUCGACCUUGAAGAACCGGACGAAGAGGAGUCGGAACAUGAGAAUAUCAUUAAUGCCGGCUUCAUGAUCUUCACUCCUAGGCUGGUGCCAGCGGUGCCACAACCCGACGCGUCUUUUGGCACUGUGCUUUCGGUCCCCAGCUGGGCGAACCAUCUAUCUUGUGUGCUCAUCGACACUCGCAGCCUCGAUGGACGGCUGUUCGCUUUUGAGAUCAGGGGCAGACUGAACCGGUCCUCACUUCUUCAACAGGUUGGGCUUGGAGCCGACCAGGCUGUUGAUGUCUUCCUGCACGGACGAGUUCUGGAUGCUGUGGAUUGGUUCCAAUUCCUGUCAGGCGAUGUUGUGCAAAUUCUGCCCAGGGAUAGUUUGCCGCCACCGCCCAUUGCUCUAGUCGAUAUGCUAAGGGACUCUGAAGGUUGGAUCUAUCCCUGUCCAAGCUUCGAUGGACCAGCAGAGGUGGCAUUCCUUGUCCUUAUCGAUGGAGGACAUCGAGUUGUCCCUGUAGACACUGACACCAUACAGUCGUCACGUGCCUUCAAGGCCGAAGUAUCGAAGCUUGUUGGGUACUCUUACGAUAAUGUCACGAUCUGUCCGGCAAUGCCGAGGAUUGAAGAUCUUGCUGUCCUCGGGCAGCGUUGCAAAACUGCACUAGUUGCCACAGAGAAGCUGACCAAGGUUCCGAUUCCUCCAGGUAGAAUGCUUCUCCUGAGAGACGUUGCAUGGAGCCUCGCACCACAAGGCUAUGCCGACGUGCACGACCUGGCCUCCCCGUACCAGUACAUAGAACCGGAAGGAAGGACGGCCACAGAACAGUCCCACCUAAACACCCUCCGUUCUUUUGUGAGCGCACUUGGUGGCCCAUGGCUCCCCCGCCUACCAUAUGAUCUGCAACACCUGCUUCAGCAAGAUUCAGAUGGAGAGAGCGACCAGGAUGCUGAGGAUGACACCCUCGCACAGGUCACUUGCUCUGUGCUGGCGCCCGACUUUACUCCGGCCUGGUACAGCAUAGAGAUUCACAUGCCAGCCACAACCGAUGAGGUUAUCACUGCCCUCCAGCCGUUGCGCCCAGACCGAAUGAGGUCGCAGCUUCCUCAACUUGUGCCUGUAUUGCCGCAGCCCAGGGCUACCGUUGCGACGUUUGUCUCGGUUCCAACAUGGAGCCCAACAGACCAGUGCGUGUGUUUUGAUUGCACUAGGGUUGACCACCGAUUGUAUGGUACCCUAGUCCCAGAGUACGUGACCCUGCAAAGGCUCCUCCAUAUAGCCGACUUCCCGCCAAACCUUGCCAUUACAGUGUGGGCAGGGCCAGACCAACACCCUGUUGGACAAGAUGAAGUCGUACAUACUUUUCCAGGGAUGCUUUUCUGUUUCUUGCACGAUGGCGAGGAACCGCAGAUCCCCAUCACCCUGGGGCAGCUAUUACAGUUCCGGAGUUGGAACUCUCCGGGAGAGCUUCCAGAGCCCAGGACCAUCCAUGCAUACGGCCUUGUCUACUAUCGGCAGGCCCAGCUUUUUGUCUCCGACCCCUACCUUCCCACCAGACACCGCCAGCACAUCGCCGAGGUCACGGGAGCUGACAUUACUCGGAUGCGUUUGUACGCCGGGUCCCCAAGACCUACCGAUGCUGCGAUCAAUGGGGUUGUUUGCAAGACCAUUUUGGCUGUCGGGGAUAGGCAUAGGUCCUAUGUGCAGCCUGCCUGGCACCUAGCCCUCCUAGAUUGUCGCCUUAUUGGACUAAGUUGGCGAACUGUCACUGUUGAAGGUGGCACUUUCAACCUUGAACAGGUUCUUGAGGAUUUGGAUCAGCAUGCACCGAAUGGAUGGCAUUCAGUCAUCUUAGAUGACCGUAGACAGACAGGCCAUAUUGAGGCUAGACCUGGACAGAUCUUUCCCAUUGUCUUUUCUCUUGGGGACAGGAAUAGCCGACCUGUCGCCACUGAGCAGACAGCGAGGGACCCUCUUGGCGAAGACCCAGGUGAAAUUAAUAGUGGCCCAGGGUCUGAGCCUGGACGGGAUGAGCCCUCGUCCACCCGUGUCAGAGGUGACCAAGGGCAAGCCAUGCAACAGGAUAGGUCGUCAGGCUCUGAUUCUGGACCCAUACAUGCCUAUGUUAGUCGGCAAGAUCAGGUACACGAUAGUGACACGCCAGUACCUUUCCUUGUUUUCUCACAGGAAUACUGGCCAGAGCUCGUAGUAGUCCGUCUUGCUCUUCCGACAGGCACACACGGUGCUAUUGCUGCAGUUGAACAGGCCAGAGAUGCGGAGGACCAUCGUGGUCGCUCUAGGCUUAUUCCUGUCUUUCCGCAAUCACGGGAGAAACAGGCUUGCCUUAUAGCUGUGCCGGUCUGGCCCUUUGAGGGCAUUGCAGUACUGGUUGAUAACCGUGUUGCCAACGGAGGCAUUUUCGCUGUGAUUCUUCCCCGCAUUACUUCCCGUGAGGCACUUCUUAGGAUUGCCGGCCUACCGGAUGACUCAGACCAUGAUGUCUACCUCAGAGACACUCCAUGGCCAUGUACAAAUGAACAGGUUGUCUUUCUGAGUCAAGGGGACCUGAUCCUCAUAUGCCCCAACACCGGAAGGCCUGAACUUUUUGGUGGUUUAGACCAGUUUCUUCGGGUAGACCGCAGAUGGGACCGCUGUCCAUCUCUACCAGGAGAUGUGGACAACCUAUCUUGGGUCCUCUCGGAUGGCACCAAAAGCGCAGCACAGGUUGAAAGUGAUGCCUUUGCUGCAAAUAGCAAUACGGUUGCACAGUGCCUUGACCUCCCCCCGGGACAGUUUACCCUUGUUCCAGCUUCGCCGCCGAUUAACGAUCAUGCCAGAACAGGGAUUGUAUCUGCCAAUGUCCUGGUUGCCUGCGACACAGCUGACUACCAGCCAGAACGGGUUAAUGAGAGGACCCCCUUUAUCCUUGAUUUAAGGCCCAUUCUCCUUUACAUUUCCUUUGCCUAUGCUGAGGAUGCCACUGUUGAUGUGUCCGCUCUUGGGCGACGCCUCGCUGUAAGGUGCCCGCCAGGAUUCCACUUGCGUCUGUAUGGGGGACAAUAUUUUCGAGAUAUGGGGAACCACUAUAGGACUGUGCGCCCAGGUGAGGUCCUUAAAGCAUAG